AUGCGCGGUCCUCUGUCCAUGGCCGACGUCGAGGCCUUUCAGCGCGACGGCGUCGUGGUCCUGCGCCGCGCCUUCGACCCGGCGCCGUACGCCGGCGCCGCGGUCGACGAACUGAAUUGGAACAUGGAGCAGGAGCCGGGGAAGCGGCGCUACCAUCUCAUCCGCGCCGGCAGCGCGCGCUUCGACGUGAAGCGGGAGUGCCCGCGCGUCCACGCGGCCGUCGCCCAACUCGUCGGCGGCGACGCGCGCCUCGCGGCGCCGCUCCGCGGCUUCCGCGCCUGCGUGGCGCGCACGGCGGGCGGCGAGGAGACCAAGGAGGAGGACCACCGCGAUUGGCACGUCGACGGCUGGCACGAGCCGCACUCGCGGCGGUCCGGCGCCGUCGGCCUCGUCGUCUUCUGGCUGCUGACGGACGCGCCGCCCGGCGCCGGCGGCACGGAGUUCGCCCUCGGGUCGCACCGGGCCGUCGCGCGCCUGCUGGAGCAGGGCGACCUGCCGGCGCGCGCGCUCCACGGCUUUGACGCCGUCGGCGACGAGCGCGAGCUCGUGCCCGCGCUCCUGCGCCGCGCGGAGACGCGCUCGCUCGUCGGCGCGGCCGGCGACGUCGCGCUCGCCUCUCCCCUGCUGCUCCACCGCGGCGGCGCGAACGCGCUCCCGGGGCACGCGCGCGUCCUCGCGAUCUCGUGCUGCCCGGUGGACGAGCUGCGGCCGGGCGGCCGCGCGCCCGUCGAGGCGAGCCUCGCGCCGCGGCGCGCGCGAUGCGCCGUGUCUUAG